AUGAUGUCACCCAAGCAUCGGAGCGAUGGUGACGACGAGGAACAACCGAGCAAUGCUGUUGUGCCAAAGAGACAGUUGACGUGGGGUGAAUUGAAUUACUUCGUUCAAGCGAAAGGACAACACAUCGGCUACGUCACCAGAGGACAGCAGCAUGAAGGUCAACCUGUUUUUGCGAGUAUCGAAGAUUGCAGCAAAGUCAAACUCCAUCUCGAGGGAGAAACACGCAUUUCCGCCGACCAGGUGGAAUGGUUUGAGAGUCCAGAUGAAGAGCUCUUGAUGACAAAGUUGAAAAUAUUCCGCAAAAAAGCCGAGGGCUUUCGUCACGCUGCGCGGAAAGGUCUUCUCUGCGAGUUCGAAUUCUUCGAGAUGCGAGAGUACCUGUCGGCGCUCAACGUUGGAUAUGCACUGAUGCGCCACUACUCUCUUAUUCCCCGCCGCACAGGUGUUCUUCCGGCUGAACGAGGCUUGGUUUCAGACACCUUCGACAAAGAUUUGGAGCGUGCUGAGGGGUUUUUCGACAAGCUGAUCGCGGCCUUUCCGGAAGAGAAGGAGAGCCUCAACCCGUUGAGUGUCGCCAGAGCAGCGGGAUAUUACACAAAGUUCAAGGAUCGUUUCCCCUACGAACUUCAAGGUCCCGCAAAUGAUUCCCGAUACGACAUCUACUUGCUGAAAGCCAGCAAGAAGUUCUGGAAGGAAAUAACCAACCAACAUGCAGACAGCAAUGAGGAGUACAGCGAUGAGGAUAGGAGCGAGGAUAAACCUGCGCGCCGGCCGAAAAAAAAGAGAAAGACAUCUGCACCAGAACCAGAAUUAUUUCCCUCGUCAGCAUCCAACCCUGAGGCUUUCGCAACAGACUACCGCAUGUACGACAGACCCCAAUUUCUGAAAGAAAAACGGCUGUCUAAGCACAAGGCGAUAGUCAGAGGGCCAAAGGGCAUGAAGUGGCUCCAUGCGUUGUCACCAGUCUUUUCCACUAUUCCGGGAGAUGAUCGAAUCAGUAAUGGUGCUCGUGAACACUAUGUACCGAAGUAUGGCGAUAUUCUACCUGAAAGCGCACCCAGUACACAAGAAAUGCAACUGGAGCAGAUAAACACGUUCUGUCAGCCGCCUUUAUUCACUAAGCAUUUCGAGGAGGUGUGGAACAGGUUCUCUGGAGGUGAAGAGCCAGCAUUCCUAGAGGGUGGACUUCCAGACUUUGGGGGGGAUGAAGGCACCAUGGAUCCAGUGCAAGUAACUCACUUCCUCACCUACACGGAGUACAUAAAUAAGUGUGCACGGUUCGCCCCAAACGCCAUUUCAGUGCUCCUGCUCAGCAAAAUGAACAAGUCGAUGAAGGACCCCCGGGAAUUCAGAAAGUGGAAGGAGGCUCUGGACUACUGCCUCGAAAACAACUUGUUGGUCAUUAGCGACAGCGAGAGAGAGAAGUGGGAGGCUCAGCAGCCUCGAAUUCCCGUCCGACAGUGGGGCUAG